UUAAGGACCUUUUCUUUUCGUUUUUUUUUUCUCUCCUUAGUUCUUUUCUUCCAUCUUCCCCUCAUCUCUGGAAGCUCCAUCCAUAUUGGAAUAGGCAGCAAUUAUUCCAAUCUCUAUGAACAGAGCAUUCUGCCUUGUAAAAAAGAAGAGCUCCAGUGUGGUAACGGACUCUGCCUCCUGAACUGGCUGCGCUGUCACUACAAGAAAGAUUGUGGAAGAGACUACAUGUCCAUCAAACUAACAUGCUCAAAAGUUCACUCGAACCAGAGCAGCCCCGUCAGUGAGUUCCCCAGCUACAGUGGAAACGGAAAUGACACCAGUUUGCUGGUUUCACCCCUGCUGGUGGCCGGAGUGGUGAUUGGACUCGUGCUGUUUCUAUCCUGCGUUACAAUCAUUGUGGGCAGCCUGCGAAAGGACGGACGGUUAAGACACCCUUAUAUGAGAAGAGAUGCUAAUUAUGCUCCAGAUGGCUUCUCCUAUGGUGGCUCAAUUGGAGAACUAAGAUCUACCUGCAUCGAGGAGUUCCCACCAGCAUUUGAUUUUGGUUCCUACAUGGACACACUCUCUCAGGUCAAUGUCAUGUAUCCUGAUUCACCACCAUGCUAUGACGAGUGUGUGGGACCAGGAGCAACACAAAUAUACAUUCCUACAGAUGAUCCACCACCUUACUCUCUGAGAGAUCCUUGUCAAAGGAACGACUUCUCUAUAAACAUUAGCUUGGAAGAGGAAGCAACGUCUGGGACUACAGGACAGGCUGCUAAUUACCCAGUCAGACUGCCGGACUUGCAACAGCCCAUCUCCUCCAUUUCUAUGUCAUCUCUCACCCUGGAGGCUGCCCCUCCCUACGAGACUGUCGUAUGUGAGCAGAACGUCCCCAUCCCAUUGGUGCCAAUGGAUGUACUGAAAAAUUCUUCACCUGACUACCAGACCUUUCUCAACCAAAUCAUGUAAAUGAAAGUGGCUCUUCCCAUCAUACUUCACGGGGAGUAUGACCAAUUGAGGUGGAAAAAGAGGUUUCAGUGGAAGAAUAAAAUCUGUAAAAGUUUUACCUAUUUUAUAUCUUAUGUGGGGAUGUAAUGGGAUUUUUUUAAAAAAAUUUUUACAGCAAAUUUUGAAAGUUUAGGUAAACUUUCAUCUCUGAGCUUUCAGUUGUUCCCGACUUGUUACACAGAAACAACUGCAGCAUAAAAACAGCAGCGACGUGCAGUGAAUCCUACCCUUUCACAGCAUCUGAGAACACAAUGAAGUCAGCCACUGUUACUGUAGAUACAUGUUAUCCAGUCGAGCCUAUGUGUUGAUUUUAUGGUACUUUGCAUGUUGUAGAGCAAAAGGAGAAAGAGCUGUGUGUUGUUGUCGUAGGCGUCAAUACAUUUCACCAAAUGUCUUAUUACUAAGAUAUAAAAACUAGAACUUUAAAAGCAUUUUUCAAUUGAAUAUAUUUCAAAUAGA